ACACGGCAUUACAGCAAAUGACUUUCAGGUUUCAGCGGUGAAUGAAACGAUAGCUGUAUCGCCCCCCUGAACUCCAUAAAGACAGAAAUGUCGCUAGAGAUUAGACAGUGAGAAGGACGGGGGGUUCUUCCUAUGGGGCGUGUUCACCGGGGUCGGGAGAGACUUGAAAAGUCUGCUGAACUCUAUGCAAAAUUGGAUCCAAAAAUUUGAAUGCAGAAUUUACAACUCCAGUUCUCGUAUUGAGGUCGUAUGCACAAUGUCGUUGAGGAAACGUCAUGUAAGGAAACUAAAACUUCAAGUGUAAAAAUGGCGUCACUUUCAGAAGAGAACAUAAAAAGCCUUUAUCGUUGCCGAAAUAAAAUUGAACGGCGCAAAGUUCUGGCAACUAUUUUGAACUGUACAUCGUGCGAUGAUGACGAAGAUGAUAUGAAGACAUCAAUUUUGCUGGACUAUUAUACAGAGAGUGUUAAUUUCGCAUCUGAAGGCGGUUACUCAUGGCAACAAGGUCUCGCUGUUUUUGAACUUAUGAAAGAACUACUCGAUAGUACCCUAGAUCAACCACUGUUGCAAGCGACUCUGCAAUUCAAAACAAUUCUCCAGAACUACACGACAGUGUUUACUGCUCAGAGACUAACGGGUGUUGUCGACUUUGUAUUCUCUUAUUUCUUCAAUCACUUUCACUUGUACAAGUUUGUCUUCACGAAUGAACGAGAUAUUGACAAGAGUACUGCUCACCUCCAUGUUGAAACACCACCACAAGACUUACCGCCGCUUAAAACUGGGAUGGAAAAGUCAGAAUGGGAACGUCAACAAGUUUUAAAACAAUUGGAGGACCAACAUAUAAAAAAUAUAAUGGAAAAACAGUUGCAGCUUGACUCUGAAGUUGAGAGACUUCAGUUGCUGGUUCAUGAGAAACUGUUGCUUCUCAACACGGAGAAACCAAUCACGACAGAGGACUUGAAUGACAUUGUCAAAGAGACGGUCAAAAUGUACGUAGCUUCUGCUGGAUCCACCAUCCAGCAUUUGAUCCAGGAAAGCGAAGAAAAUAUUGCUUACGAGUUUGAAAAGACAGCAAUGGAGCAGAAAACGCAAGGUGCUAGCACACCGUCUAAGAAAACAAGGUCUCCUCAGUCUGGUAAAAAGAAAGGAAAAGCAGCAAAGUCUGUUAAAGGGUGAUCAUUUACAUUUUAAUAACAAUUUUGAAGGUGUUCUUAUGCUGAUGUUAAUAUAUUUCUUUGUA